AUGUCCUCCGGCGGUCUCGUCUCUGCCCUCGCCGGCUUCAAAAAGUCCAUGACAUUCACCUGGAUCGGCUGGCCAGGAUUCUACAUCCCCCCUAAAGACCGCCCCAUCGUCGACAAGCGGCUGCACGAGGAGUUCUCAUGCCAGGCCGUCUACCUUGAAGACGAGCUCGCCGACCGACACUACAACGGCUUCGCCAACUCCAUCCUCUGGCCGCUACUGCACUACCACCCCGGUGAGAUGAACUUUGACGAGGAGAACUGGCUCGCAUACCGCCAAGCGAACAUGCGCUUCGCAGAGGCGGUGCGGCAGGUCCUGACCCCCGGAUCGAUGGUCUGGGUACAGGAUUACCACCUUAUGCUGCUGCCAAUGAUGCUCCGAACACUCGUCGACGGCAAGGAGAAGGCGGGCGAGACGACCAGGACAGAGCUGCCGAAGAUCAUUGAGGGGAUCGAGGCUGAGGACGGAGGGCUCCCGGAGUCGCAGUCUUUCGAAGGAAUCAAGAUCGGUUUCUUCUUGCAUACGCCGUUCCCCAGUAGUGAGAUUUACAGAAUAUUGCCUGUGCGGAGAGAGAUUCUACUGGGUCUGCUCUACUGUGAUCUCAUUGGGUUCCACACAUACGACUAUGCGCGGCAUUUCCUCUCAUCAUGCACGCGUAUCCUCGGUUUACCGACCAUGCCCAACGGCGUCGAGUUCGAGGGUCGACUCGCUCACGUCGGCAUGUUCCCGAUCGGUAUCGAGCCAGAUUCCUUCAUCCAGAACUUGAAGAAAGACUCCGUCAAGCAACGGAUUGCUCAACUCGAGCAACGAUUUGGGGAUGUGAAGGUUAUCGUCGGUGUCGACCGUCUAGAUUACAUCAAGGGUGUACCUCAAAAACUGCACGCGAUGGAGCUUUUCUUGACGCAACAUCCAGAGUGGGUCGGCAAGGUCGUCCUAGCGCAACUGGCAGUGCCUUCGCGACAAGAUGUCGAGGAGUACCAGAACCUGCGGGCGACCGUGAACGAGCUCGUGGGGAGGAUAAACGGCCGGUUCGGCACCGUGGAGUUCAUGCCGAUACAUUUUAUGCACAAGAGCUUGCCGUUUGACGAGCUCUGCGCGCUGUACGCCGUGAGUGAUGUCUGCCUCGUCACUAGUACCCGCGACGGUAUGAACUUGGUGUCCUACGAGUACAUCGCGUGCCAGCAGGAGCGGCAGGGCGUGAUGAUCUUGUCUGAAUUCGCGGGUGCGGCGCAGAGCUUGAACGGGAGUAUCGUGGUCAACCCGUGGGACAGCCAGCAAGUCGCGGAUGCGAUCCACGAGGCGGUCACCAUGGACGCGGAGACGAGGGCGGAGAACCACAGGAAGUUGUUCAAGUAUGUGAAGAAGUACUCUGCAUCGUAUUGGGGGACGUCGUUCAUCAAGGAGAUGAGCAAGAUCCGGUCGCCGGAGGAGGCUGCGCCGGAGAAGGUGCAUGAGGAGCUGCAGCCUAAUGAUGACCCGAAGAGCGGGCUGCUUCACGGGACGAAACCGAGCGGGCCUGAGCAGGCUGCUAAUGCUGCGUGA